UCUUAACAAAAAAAAAUGUCUUCGGGAAUAGGCCUCUUUGUUCUACCAGAUGACUCCUCCUCCACCUUGCUCAGCAUCCAACUUUUCCUCUUUCUCUCUAUCCUAACAGCUGUUUUCAGAUUCUGGCUAGUCCCGGGUGGUCUUGCAUGGGCUCUUUCCAAAGCAAAAACAGGUGCCCCCAUUCCCGGACCAUCUGGAUUUCCCCUUAUCGGACUCAUUUUCACUUUCAUGAGUUCUUUGACUCAUAGAAAACUUGCAAACCUUUCUCAGACCUUAAAGGCAGUUCCACUAAUGGCCUUUUCGGUUGGGUUCACCCGUUUCGUUAUUUCAAGUGAUCCGGGUUCGGCUAAGGACAUUCUCAGUAGUUCUGCCUUCGCUGAUCGUCCUAUUAAGGAAUCCGCUUACGAGCUCUUGUUUAAUCGGGCAAUGGGAUUUGCUCCCUUUGCAGAAUACUGGAGAGAGCUAAGAAGGAUUUCAGCUACUUACAUGUUUAGCCCGAAGAAAAUAGCUUGUGCUGAAGGAUUCCGUAAGAACAUCUGUCAUCAGAUGAUCACACAAUUAUAA